AUGGUCACAGCCAUGAAUGCCUCGGACGAAAUAGAGCAGAUAUUGCAGCCUUACAACUUCGAGCUGUUCCGGGACAUGAGGCCCCUUUUGGAGGAGUACUGGGCAACCUCAUUCCUCAUAGCUCUGGUCUACCUGCUACUUAUCUUUGUGGGGCAGAACUACAUGAAGGCACGGAAGGGCUUCAACCUGCAGGGACCUCUGAUCCUUUGGUCCUUCUGCCUUGCACUCUUCAGUAUCCUGGGGGCACUGAGGACAUGGGGCCAUAUGACUACCCUGCUACUUAAGGGGGACCUAAAGCAAACUGUGUGCUUCUCCAUCUUCGCCACCACUCCCAUAAUCAGAUUCUGGUCCUGCCUCUUUGUUCUCAGCAAGAUCAUUGAACUUGGAGACACAGCCUUCAUCAUCCUGCGUAAGCGGCCACUCAUCUUUGUGCACUGGUACCACCACAGCACAGUGCUAGUGUACACGAGCUUUGGAUACAAGAACAAGGUGUCUGCAGGCGGCUGGUUCAUGACCAUGAACUUCGGUGUGCAUGCCAUCAUGUACAUCUACUACACUCUGAGAGCUGCCAAAGUCAAGUCCCCCAAGUGGUUACCCAUGCUCAUCACCAGCCUGCAGAUCCUGCAGAUGUUUAUGGGAACCGUUGUUGCCAUCCUAACUUACAUCUGGAGACAGGAGCAGGGAUGCCACACCACAAUGGAGCACUUCUUCUGGUCCCUUGUCUUGUACACAACCUAUUUCAUCCUCUUUGCCCAUUUCUUCCACCAAACCUACAUAGUGCCCAAAGUCAAAGCCAAGACCAAGAGUCAGUGA